AUAAAUUUACACCCGAGGAUCAAGUCUCGCCCAAAAUACUGGGUCAAAAAAGGGCUCAGGGCAUCAAAGCGGGAAGAGUUGCUCCAAAAAUAUAAACGCUCGAAACUGUUGGAGCGGUGGCGUCGACUCAUAUCGGAGACAGAAAGCAUUGACGUCAAAGAUUACUUCGAGAAGCUUUUUGAGGCGACCAAGAUUAUAGCUGAUGCCUUCUAUCAGCGGUCAGUGUCAAGAAAGGCGACUAUCACGCCAGCCUUCGACAAGUCCACUAAAGAUAUCCUAGAUAAAGCCAAACGAAUAUCUAUUUUCCAGGAGUCUUCAACCUUUGUUGGUCAUACCGUUCUUCGCGGAGAAACUGGGAUUAUUUGUAGCUUCGACGCUAAAAGCUUACAUAGAGGCUUCUUAAAAAGCAAGAAGCAACCUACCAGAUCUAUUCAUUUCCGUGAAAAGACCAUUCAAAGCGGUUUCCAGUCAAACGCAUUUAUCAGAGGUGUUAACUUGGAGACGAUCAGAACGACGGUGUGGUGGUCGAUAGAAUCAGAAAUGUUUGCGAAAAUUUAUAAUAGACCGAUCACAUCGGACAAUCAAAGCUUUGCAAAAGCAAUUUUGGGUAUAGACAAU